UUUUUGUCACAUCACAAAGUGUCCACAUGGGAAUUACUUAACCCACUCAGAAGCAGUGGACUUUUACCUUUACGAGCUCAGCAAUCACUUCCUGGUAUCCAGACAGUCCUUGGUUUUAAACCACUCACGGUGGUGCUCAAGCUGAUUCACAUUCACUCCUCACGCUUGGUCUGCACGGACUGCAGAAAGGACUACAAUUUUUUUAUUUCUGCAACUUUUUUCAAACAUCAACACACAUUUACCAGAAGAGCGAAAGGAUAAAUUUGAAGGAUCUCAUGACAAGUUACAGCAACGGAGGAUUCUUCAACCCUGCCUACCAUGACAGCGAGACUCUGGAAGUUGAUAGAAGGUCUUCCAGAAAAACCCACCAACACACUAACCCCUACGCCAGGAGUGAGGGUGCAGAUGGACAUUACUCCACUGGUCAGAUCAGCAGUGAUGAUGCUUUAAGGAGGAUGCCAUGGGGGCAGGAGGAGAGCUGGAGGGGGAGGGAAAGCAUCCCCAUGGGCCUCAUCUCAACACGCCCUAGGAGUCCUUCAUGGCAGCAUGACAUCAAUCAUAGUACCUUCCAAAUCCCCCCUGAACCUCAGUAUGAUCGAUCACCUUCUGUCCGCCUUCCUUCCACAACAUCAGGUAACAUGACGAUGAGAUGGAGGGGAAUAUCGAUGAGAAGGAUGAGCCUGUUUCCUAACGGUGAUCCUAACCAGGUAGCCUUAACAGAAGACGCCAUAAGGGACGAGAUGGAGAAUGAGGAACAGAACCUGGUAAAAGAGCUUGUUGCCCUAUCAACACGAGACAGAAUUCGGGCGAUUCGGGAUCUUUCAAUGAGCUUUGAUGAGAAGAAACAAAUAAGGAGCCAAGUGCUGGCAUUCAAGUCCGCCAAGAAAUCUCGCCAGUUCACAUGCUUUGCAGACUGCUCUGAGAACAUGUCACUGUCUUUCCGCAGGUUCGGAUAUGGCAUAAGGUCGGCCAGGCAGACCCUGGAGUUGUGGCAGGGCAUCAUGAAAGAGAUCGGUGGCACGUUUGGUACUAGCGUUCUAUCCUACUUCGUGUUCCUCAAGUGGCUUCUCAUGUUCAACAUUUUCUCCUUCCUGGUGAACUUUGGCUUUAUUACCAUCCCGCAGCUUGUUAACGACCCCUGGCCCGACAUACCUCCGAAUGUGAACUUCAGAGGAUUGGAGAUACUGACUGGAGCUGGUUACUUCAACAACACCAUCAUGUACUACGGGGGCUACAGCAAUCAAACCCUGGGGGGUCUGGUGGAGUACAACAUGCAGUUGGCUUAUUUCUUCACCAUUGCAGUCUACAUGGUUAUGUGUGGAAUUGCACUUAUCUUCAGCAUGGCCAGCUCAUUCAAAACAAACUAUGUGCUAGCAGACCCUACUUCAAGCAGUGCAUGGCAGCUUCUGUGCAGCUGGGACUUUAACAUUACCAAUGAGAAGGCAGUGAGACAGCGCAAAAACAAUCUACGAGUGCAACUCAAGGAGUCCAUGUCAGAGAAGGCCCAAAGGGAGCGUCUAACCCUCUCUGAAAGUCUGAAGCACUUUGGGAUUUAUCUGGGUUCCUGGUUGCUCUCCAGUGGUUUGGCUAUCGGCUCUGGAGCUAGCAUCUAUUAUCUCUGCCAAUUCGAACAGCAGCGGGCAACAGAUGCUGCCAACUGGUCUCUGCUGCAGGAGGCAGAGACUCUACUGGUCCCCAUCGUGGUGUCUCUGAUUAACCUGGUCGUCCCGCUCUUCUACUCCCUCUUCAACAAGUUUGAGCAGUACUCCAACCACCGCAACCAGAUCUACGCACUGGUAGUCAGAAAUGUAUUACUCAAGAUGUCCAUUCUGGCUGUCUUGUGUUAUAACUGGAUGAAUGUGGUGGCUAUAAAGUUUGCGUGUUGGGAGUCCAUGGUAGGACAGUCUUUGUACCGACUGGUCAUUAUUGAUUUCCUUUUUCUAAUGUUUGGAUCCUUCUUUGGAGAGUUUCUUAGCAAUGUGAUUGGGACAAGAUUAUUUCCACGUCUGGGGGUUCCAGAGUUUGACGUAGCCAGAAAUGUCAUUGAACUGAUCUAUGCACAGACUCUGGCCUGGAUUGGUAUCUACUUUUCUCCUCUGCUGCCUGCCAUCCAGAUCCUCAAAUUUUUCAUUUUGUUUUACUUAAAGAAGGUCAGCCUGACCCAGAACUGCCAGCCUCCGCGACGGUCAGGCAGAGCCGCUCAGAUGCAAACCAUCUUCAUCGCCCUCCUAUUCUUUCCUUUCUUCGUGGGAGCCCUCUCUAUAGUUGCGUACACCGCCUGGAGUCUGACCCCCUCAGAGCAGUGUGGUCCUUUCCGGGGACUUAACAGCACCUUCAGUGUGAUCGGAGUUUGGAUGGAGGAUCUGGAGGAGAUCAGUCAUUCUCAAUGGGUGGUUUGGAUCUACCAAAAUGUCAUAAGGAGUGAAAUCUUCUACUUUCUUAUCUCCCUCAUCAUCUUAGUUAUGAUGUACAUCUUCUGGCAAGUCACUCAGGGCCGCAAGCUCCUCAUUCGAGUACUGAGACAACAGAUUGUUAAUGAAGGGAAAGACAAGUCCUUCUUGUUAGAGAGACUCCAAAAUCUCCAGAAAUCUCAUCCUGAUAAAAGAUCCAUACCGAAGAAUCAAAAAAAGCACUCCAAACGGAGGCCAGAUGACCAUUCCUCAGGCGGUCAGUCUACUUCAAACGCCAUGGUUCAGGCGUUACUCGCUCGCCAGCAGCUUGAGGAGGAGAGACUCAGCACUGGCGGAGUUCCCGUUCCCUCUGACAUUUCCACCUCCAAUGCUCUUAUUCAGGCCAUGAAGGCCCGGCAGAGGGCCGAGGAUCAAGAAAGGGAGGAACAAUACAUCCCAGCUUAUUACGAAAGCCCCAUAAACACAUCCAGCUCUGUCACACAGGCGAUGCAAGCCAGACAAAGAGCGGUAGUGGAAGGAACUGAUGAUGCAAGGGACCUGAAUUCUUCUGUAUCUAGUGUUAUGAUGCAAGUCAUGCAAGCCAGGCAGAGGGCAGAGGAAGAGGACAUGCCUCAGUGGGUCCCGGCACCCCCAAAAAACCAAACACCCGCAGGCUCCAGCGCACUCAUUCAGGCCAUGUUGGCCCGGCAGCAAGCCCAGAAUGAGUAUGAUGACGGCUACUGAAGAAUGGGCCUUUAUUUUACCAUGGAUAAGUGGGACAGAAUUGAAGAGAUGACUGAAAACUCACGUUUGAUUUGUGUUGUCACCCAUAGAUGAAUAGCCUUGGUUGUAUGUCUAUGAAUAGCGUGAUUUCUCUAUGCACAUUUUAACAGCACAACUAUAGGUACAGUAGCAGGGCUAGAACAGAGUACAGGCCUACCUCUCAAAGCAUUUUUUUUGUACAAAUAUAUCUUAAUAGUGUGUUUUUAAGACAGUAUAUACACUUUGUAAUAUAAAUAAGCACUAUAACAUGUAUAGGCUUGAUCUUGUGCCAUUUUGUGAUGAGAGUUAUGUAUCAUACACGCAAGUUGUCAAUAUUGUAUUAUAUGGAUUGAGACCAGAUACAAAUUAAAGGAGGUCAAAAAUAAAA